ACGGAGGCGGACAGAAGAAGUAAAGUCAGGUAGAGGAGAACACCUGCCGGGACAGAGAAGCUCAGAGGAAGAGGAGGAAGGAGAGGCUGACUGAGGCUGUCCUCUCCUUCUUCAUGUCUGCUGCUGGAAGCUCUUAGAUGUUGAACUUGAUGGGUGUUUCUAACGCCUCCAACCCCAAUGUCUCCUGCAGCUGCAACUGCCAGCCCUACCCGUCCAUCCAGAACAUGGAGAUCACCCAGCUGGAGUUCAUCCAGAUCUUGGUGAUCGUGGUGUUCAUGAUGGUCAUGGUGGUGGUCAUCACCUGUCUUCUUAACCACUACCGCCUGUCAGCACGCUCCCUGCUGUCCAGACACUCCCCUACCCGCAGGAGGCACCUGCCACUGGCCAGCAUGAUGGGUGUAACCUGCAGGUCUCUGUUGCAGGAGGGCCUGUGGUCUGCCGACGGCUCGGGGAGCAGCGGUGGUCUGAAUGAGCAGCAGGUCUUCAACCCGCCUCCCGCAGACAGAGGAGUCAUGUCCUACCUGCAGCGAGAGCCGCAGCGCUUCCAGCUGCCGUACGGGCCCAGCCGCUUCCAGCCCACGUACCCCUACCUGCCCCAGAGCCUCAUCGACCUCCCCCCCACCAUAUCCCUGUCAGACGGAGAGGAGCCGCCGCCUUACCAGGGUGUGUGUGCUCUGCAGCUGAGAGACCCAGAGCAGCAGAUGGAGCUAAACCGCGAGUCGGUUCGACCUCCGCCCAACAGAACCGUGUUCGAUUCCCACGCCCUGGACCCAUCCAAUGCUCACCUGCAGACCAGGCUGCAGGCCCCUCCCCCGAGCGCUUAUUCUGGUAUCAGUGUCCUGGAGGCCCAGGAGGCCUUGACCCGGCAGCAGAAACAGAACCCUGGAGUGGAAGGAACUCCCCCGACCUACAGUGAGGCUAUCGGGCAUUUUUUCCACCCAGCGACGCUGAACUCCAGCCAGAGCCGUGGGGCCAUGUCGCCGCUGCAGGGGGCGCCGUCCUCCAUCAUCCACGGCCUGCUCAGGCCGCAGGGGAGGGUGGAGAACAGGAACAGCAAGGAGAAAUCCCACAAACCUCAGCAGGUGUGACUGGACCUUCUCCAUCAGCUCAGCCAACGCUGAUGUUUGGUCAGACUGUAAACGCUGAAGCUUCACUGCUCCUGCGUUUCUCUUUGGGGAGAACAUCUGGAAACCUCCGAGCUUCUCCUCAUCUCCUGCUUCAGGUAUGAUGAGCACUUCAGAUGAACAAGGAGAAGAUGAAGGUGGAUGAAAGCCUCCUCCUCACGUUCCUCAUCCUUCCUCCAUCGUCUUUGUUCUCAGUGUUUAGCUGUUCUGUUUGUUUCUGGAGAACGGAUCAUUUCCAAUCCUGCAAAACGCUUCAAUCGUCUUCGCUUCUGCAGGAUUUGUUCAUUUCCUUUUUGAUAAUCCUCUGUUGCUCCUGCUCCGAGCUUGGCCUCGCCAGCGGGGCGUGAAAGCACAUAUUCCCAGUGUAGAUUUAGCCGAUGUGGUUGUAACGUAGCUCAGCAGGUGUAGCACCGUGCUAAACGUCCUCAGGCCUGAAGCUCCGCCUUACAAAGACCGACUCCUGCAGGAGAUUCACGCAUCCUGGUUUCAAUUUGAUGUCUUCUGAAGACGUUUGCACAAAGUCCAACUGUCAUCUGCAGAGGAAAACGAUCUGCAGCUGAGAAUGGAGGGAUCUCUUUGAAAACUUGAUGCAUUCAUUUAUUUAAAAAAAAGAGUCGUGAGAAACACGCCAGGGUGCCAACAUGGAGACGAACACAUUUCUUCACGACUUAUGGGGUAUAUAUACACACGUAUGCAAAACGAGAGCAGAAAAGCACGAAGUUAGAGUUAUUUAUAUAUUUGCUGAAAAGAAUUGCACUAUUUUGUUUAGAAUGAUGGGUCAUUAGAGAGGGACUCUUAUUGGGAAGGAGCUCUCUGUUUGGGUUAAAGAGGAGAAGCGGCGGCGUUUUAGGAGCAGCUCUGUGCACAGCAGCAAACAUCAGUCGAUGGGAAGAUCUGACUUUGGUCCAAAGGACUCAGACGACGUUUCUGCACCAUAGAAAAAAAGAAUCUCCAGUUUAUGCAAACGUCUGAGUCCAGCGGGCCGAUCAGAGGUCAGCAACCCUGUGGGUCCAAUCAGAAACCCCGGAUCUCUCUCCGUCUCUCAUCCCUGUCGGCCGAAUCAUUAGCAAUCCAAAGCUGCUACUACCUCGACCAAUCGAUGAAGCACACACGUUCCUCCAGCCGAAUCACUCUGCAGCGUCUAACGGGCGUCUGAGCCAAUCCAGAUCAUGUGGAACGUAGAAGUAGAGUAGAGUAGAAUUAGGUGUUUUCUAUCUUUUAUUUGUUCAUUAGCAGAGAGACGGCGAAUGUCCUCGUUGUGGAGCGUAACUCAGGAAGAAAGCCUGUUACCCAGCAGGUCCCUGAUCGUCCGAUGGUUGGCUGUGCAUAGGGCAGACCUAGCGCCGCUAGAAACCCAAACUUCUCCUCUUUCAGUGGGCAUCUCUGAGCACUUUACUGCAACAGAACCGAGUCCACAAUCCUGAGUGGGCCAAACAAUCCUGAGUGGGCCAGUGGCAGCAAGCAGAGACCUUAGAGCUGCUUUCCUCCUGCUUCAUGACGUUUCUAAAUCAGUGGUGUUCUGCCUAAACCAGGUUCUGAUGUUUAGCAGAACCGACCACAAGUAUUUCCUGAUAUGCUUUAGUUUCUGCUUUGUCUUUGUUUCUUUAACUCAUGAUGGGCUGUUGAAACUAGACACACCUGAGUGUUAAAAAGUGACACGAGUGUUAACAGCAGCCUGUCCCGUCAAAAUAAAAGCAGAAGACGAUGAUCUGACCUGAAGCCGGAGA